AACUCCGCAGGCUUCCCUGACGAUCACCGAGCCGAAAUAGAGGCCGUGCUCUUGGGUCCCCUGCUGUCUCUGGUUGUCGCCUCGCCGCGCUAUGUUUCGAAACCAGUAUGACAAUGAUGUCACUGUUUGGAGCCCACAGGGCAGGAUUCAUCAAAUUGAAUAUGCAAUGGAAGCUGUUAAACAGGGUUCAGCCACAGUUGGUCUAAAAUCAAAAACACAUGCAGUGUUGGUUGCAUUGAAGAGGGCGCAGUCAGAACUUGCAGCUCACCAGAAGAAAAUUCUCCAUGUCGACAACCAUAUUGGUAUCUCAAUUGCGGGUCUGACUGCUGAUGCUAGGCUGCUAUGUAAUUUUAUGCGCCAGGAAUGUUUGGAUUCCAGAUUUGUAUUUGACAGACCACUUCCUGUGUCUCGUCUUGUGUCUCUAAUUGGAAGCAAGACCCAGAUUCCAACACAGCGCUAUGGCCGGAGACCAUAUGGUGUUGGGCUGCUUAUUGCUGGUUAUGAUGAUAUGGGCCCUCACAUUUUCCAAACCUGUCCAUCUGCUAACUAUUUUGACUGCAGAGCUAUGUCUAUUGGAGCCCGUUCUCAAUCAGCUCGUACUUACCUGGAGAGACAUAUGACUGAAUUCAUGGACUGCAAUUUGGAUGAACUGGUUAAACACGGUCUGCGUGCCUUAAGAGAAACACUCCCUGCAGAGCAGGACCUGACUACAAAGAAUGUUUCCAUUGGAAUUGUUGGUAAAGACUUGGAGUUUACAAUCUAUGAUGAUGAUGAUGUGUCUCCAUUCCUGGAUGGUCUGGAAGAAAGACCACAGAGAAAAACACAGCCUUCACAGGCAGCUGAUGAACCUGCAGAAAAAGCUGAUGAACCAAUGGAACAUUAAGCAUGAAGAAUACAGAGACACAAGGAUGCAGGGACAUUCACUGGUGACAGUAAUCUGUAUUUUGAACCAACAGCUGCAGAAUAUUGGGUGGUAUGUGUUAGGAAUUAGUCCAGAUGUGAGUUUUCUCCAAGCAACUUCACAGAAACCAUAUAAUGGGGUGCAUUUUCUUUGAAAGGGUCUACAUAAUCAUUUUCUAGAAAGUAUGGGUAUCUAUACCAAUGUUUUUAUAUGAAGAAAAUAGUGUCUUUGCAGUUUUAAAGACAACUGUGAAAUAAAAUUGUUUCACCUCCUGU